AUGGCGUCCUCCAGCCGCGCCACACCAUCUCUCCCAGACGUCUCUCCCAUCCCCCGCAACCCGAACUACAACCGUCUCCAAAUGCCAGUCCGCAUCCCCCUCUGCCCCCACUACACGAAAGACGACCCGGAAAGCCUCCUCAAAUACAUCAGGGACCACAAGCACAAGCACCUGAAGACCCUCUGGAAGAGCCAUCUCCUCAUCGAGCAGAAGCCCAAGGAGACAGGCGGGUGGUACUACGCGCGCUGGAACCCGGACAAGGUCCCGGGGCCGCGCGACGUCAAGAAGAUGCUGGACUGGUACGCCACCAAGAAGCUCUUCAACUUCCCGCGCGUGAAGAGCGUCAAGCUGCUCGGCACGGGCUUCACCAACGUCUACUUCCUCGUCCGCUUCUACAUCAUGCCGGGCGAGCGGGCCGAGGUGCCGGAGAAGGUCAUCCUGCGCUUCCCGGCGCCGCUGUACGAGACUGACGACUCGGAAAAGGACUUCGACUCGCGGCUGGACCACGAGAUCGCCGCCAUGUGCUGGGUCCGCCGGACGGGCAAGGUGCCGCGGGUGUUUGUGUACGACCCCACGGGGCAGAACGAGCUGCGGCUCGAGUGGCUCGUGAUGGAGCCCGUCGAGGGCUUCGUGCUGCGCAAGUGCAUCGACCAGGACUACUGCACCUGCCAAUCGGGACUACACGGCCUCCAGCCCGCGGCCCGGUCGUACCCUGUCUACGGGCCCGAGGAGAAGAGAAGAACUGACAUCGAGCUUCAGGACCUGUACGACAGCUUCCUUGACUCAGGCCGCAAGUGUGGUGAGGUUCCUGAGCUCGGCAAGUUCAUAGGCGGCCUCGACAUAGAACGGGGUGAUGUAAAUGCGGUCUUCAAGAAGGGAAGAUUCAUGGACCAGCGGUUUGAUGUCGCCAGGCUGAAGUCCAAACUGGUAACGAAACGCGGACCAUUUCGAACCUUCGAACACUACUUUGACGAGCUGUUCUCCGUCGCAUACCAUGACAGAGAGGAAGACAACAAAUAUGCCCUGAAGAUUGAGCUCGAACGCCGACUUGGAAAGCAAGGUUUCAACUACCGAGACUUUUUUGAGAGAAUACGGGAGGAAGAAGCGCAGGAAAUCUGCGUGCACAACCUCAACCUGGACGAGGGCAAUAUCCUUGUAGAUGAGGAUGGCAAGAUCAAGGCCGUCAUGGGGUGGGAGGACGCACUAGCCUUCCCAAGUUCCUGGUUUGGCCAUAUCACGGACUUGGUGGUUGCGAUUGGGCGCAUCCACGACGAAAGAUUUCGCCCGCUCAACGAGGUGCUUGGGCCGUUUCGUUACAUGGGGAGGUGGGGCUAUUCUGGUGUCAUGCCCUUUCCCAAACUUGACUUUGGCAAGAUCCAUAGUUGCCCCAAUUCUCAUCUCUUCAGUUCGACGCACUUUGAUAUAAACGAGGCUCGAGUUCCCGAGCCAAAAAAGGGAUUGCUGGAGCGGAUCAUGACCAAGUUGGAAGUUUAG